AAUUAUUAAAAAGAAAUUGGAAUUGGACUGAUUAGAGGAGGACGAGCGGGAAAACAGUCAAUCGAAACUUUUGAACUUCUCCUCUCUAAAUCCGACAGUCUUUCUCUUCACCUCUCGUCCAUUCCCAAUUGCAUCAGCCAGCAACAAUCGAAACUUUAUCCAGAAAACCAAGCAAAUUAUAAUCCCACCGUACCAUUCCAAUCUUUGUGCAUUUUCCCCCAUUUUCCAUCCAAGUACAAACCCUAGGGUACCAAAUUGCCAAUUGAAACCCUAACACCAUGUAAAAUCUAAUUCGUCAUGACUAACAACAGAGAACCGCCUCCAAGUAAGCUCCACACUGUGCAGGCAGAGCGCGACUUAGAGGCCAAUUGGGACGUAGAUCUUGCAAAGAAGCUCGAAGACUACCUCUUGAAAAUUUGCUCCGGUGAAAUUACUGGUUCCGAAUACUAUGCCACCAACAUAUCUGUUAAUUUCGCUGAAGCUGCUUUGCUGCUUCAAGGUUCUGUUCAGGUGUAUAGCCGAAAGGUCGAGUAUUUAUACAAUUUGGUUCUGCAUGCUUUGGAGUUUCUUUCUCAAAACAGCAGUCAGCAGGAGCAAUCAGAGGGUACAUCAGUCCAGGCCGAUCAAAUUGGUUCCCACUCUGUUCCUGAUGAAGACAACGAUCAUUUUUGGGGCUUGGAUGAUGUCCCAGUUGAAUCAAGGAAUUGCUUAGAUGCUUCAACCAGCAAAGAUGCUUCUACAUAUCACUUUGUGAAACCUCCGGCAAAUCUUGUUGUUCUUGAAGGUGAUUGCUUGGAUACCACUGGUGAUGGGGGGGAAUUGGAGUCAUACCUGUUAGCCACCCACGAUCUCUACAGGGAUUUUAUUCUUUUAGACCCAAGUGAUGCUGUGGCAGUGAAUAAUUUUUUAAAGGGAGAUGAAGUUGGGAAACAACAAAAUAGUACUUACAGGGGCAGUUCAGUUCGCAAGAGCUUUCAAUCCCCCACUAUGUGCUCAGGAGGAACUGCACGUAAGUCAUCUCUUGGAAACAAUGCAGAUACGAAUCUCCACCAUCCUUCUACAGCUGAUUGUGGUGUUGGAGUUGAUAAUCAUACAAUGAUGAAGGAUCCUUCUGCCUACGAUAAUUUUGGAGACAGUAAUCAUGGCUUUGAUAUGGACGAUAGAUAUUCAGGGCCUGGGAACUUGGAGGAUUCAGAAGAUGAUGAUGAUGAUCCAUGGAAGCCUUUGAAUCCCCACGAACCUGGGAGCUUAAAAGUGAAACCUUUUAGGAAAGUAAAACCUUACAGAAGGAAUGAGUCAAAUUCUGCUAAGCAGACGUCUAUAACUACUCUGUUUCCACUUGCAAGGAUGCGUGGUACUAUCAGUCCUGAGCUCACAGAAAUAUGGGAAGCACGAUGCAAUAGAUCUCAAAUAAAGGGGAACUCUAUUCCCUUAUAUGAAAAGCUACGGAAGUCCCUUAAUGAAGGUUACAGCGCAAAUGAUACUUUUGGUAGUACUGGGAAUGAUGAUGAAGGAAAUGGACAUGACAGUGGAAUCCCAGACUUUGAACAGCCUGAUGAUGAUAUACCUGAAAAUAUGUAUGUGGAUGGGGAUUUACCUCUUCACCAUGAGAAGUGUCAUGAUAGCUCCACGCACUUUAACACUAAUGAAGCUUUUGGACAAGAAGAUCCAAGUUCCCAAGCAAGCCUAGAAGACCUUUGUCGCUCUCACCUUGAGGCGCUCCUUGCUAACAUUGCUGAAUCUGAAAAACAGACUGAAUUGGCUACUCGGGUUUCAUCAUGGAAACAAAAGAUUGAGCACAACUUGGCAGAGCAAGAUUCACGCCCUCCAUUUGAUAUUCAUGGCUACGGAGAAAGAAUUCUUGACAAAUUGUCUCAUGACUGUGAUAACGCCAUGUCGUUUGCUGAUGUUGUGAAGGGCCAAGCAAAGCACGAUGUGGCUCGAACGUUUUCAGCACUUCUUCAGCUGGUGAACAAUGGAGACGUUGAUCUGAAGAGAAGUGGAGUGGGUGGUGACUCCAUCUGUUAUACGGCUGUGAAUCCUUUCCAUGUUCGGCUUCUUGGUCAUGACAAGAGAUGGAAGGAAACACCCUUCCGAUUGCCCAAAAAGAGAGUUAAAUCACCAAUUAGGAAAGGAUGCAAUGAGAAUUCAGAGAAAAAGUUUGGUAGAGAUGCAUCCCCACGCAUCAAUUCAUCUCCACAAAGUGGAUCAACAGUGUUAAAACAACCAAACUGCAAAUUUUCUGCGAAACUUGGGAAGGUUGGUGGUGGUGUGAGGUGCACUCCUGAGGGCAAGAGGAGACGAAGAUCUCGAUUUGUUGAAGCAGUAGACCUAAAUUCCACACGGUGACACAGAAUUUGUAGGUGACUCAUCCAUUCAACUUUGUUGUGGCUCAUAGCAUUUAGAAUGUGAUUACAUUUUAGUAAUUCUAGGUUGCUGACAAUGUUUAGCUGUGAUCUGUAAUAUCUUUAAUUUAUUAUGAAGAUGUGCUUUGAGAUGAAAAAGCCUUGUACAACACAUACUAACUUCAAGUGUAGAAUGAUCCUGUUACGCUUCGAUGUAAUACCAAUUGAUUAACCUUUUUCAGUCA